AAGAAGACAUUUGUCGAGUUAUAGCAUCAUAGAAGAUUUUCUACAAAGUGAUAUCAACUUUUUGCCAAUAAGGUACUCUUACUCAGAAAUUAAAAAGAUGACUGGUAAAUUUAAGGACAAGUUAGGUGAAGGUGGCUAUGGCUCUGUAUUCAAAGGAAAGUUGCGCAGUGGCCGUUUUGUAGCAAUUAAACUCUUGGGCAAGCCCAAAGGUAAUGGGCAAGACUUCACAAGUGAGGUAGCUACCAUUGGAAGGAUUCACCAUGUUAAUGUGGUGCAACUUGUUGGUUAUUGUGUUGAGGGAUUAAAUCGUGCUCUAGUAUAUGACUUCAUGCCAAAUAGCUCUCUUGAUAAAUAUAUUUAUACCAAAGAGGAAAACAUGCCUUUAAGUUGCAAGAAAAUGUAUGAGAUUUCUCUCGGAGUGGCUCGAGGGAUUGAAUAUCUGCAUCAAGGUUGUGACAUGCAAAUUCUACAUUUUGAUAUCAAGCCUCAUAACAUUCUUCUUGAUGAGAACUUUAACCCAAAGAUUUCUGAUUUCGGGCUUGCGAAAUUAUAUUCCGUAGAUAAUAGCAUUGUCUCUUUGACGGCAGCAAGGGGAACAAUGGGCUAUAUUGCUCCUGAGUUGUUCUACAAAAACAUUGGAGGUGUUUCGUACAAAGCUGAUGUCUAUAGUUUCGGAAUGUUGCUCAUGGAAAUGGCAAGCCGAAGGAAGAAUUUCAGUUCAAUGGUAGAGCGUUCAAGCCAAACUUACUUCCCAUUAUGGGCAUACGACCAAUAUAACAAGGGAAAUGACUUGGAGAUGGGAGAUUUUAAUGAGGAGGAAAAGAAAAUCAUAAAAAAGAUGGUUAUAACUGCAUUGUGGUGUAUUCAAAUGAAGCCAAGUGAUCGGCCUUCCAUGAACAAAGUCAUAGAAAUGCUAGGAGGAGAUGUUGAAUGCCUAAAAAUGCCCAUCAGACCUUUUCUGUAUCCACAGGAGAUGCAUGCAGGUGAUGUUCAAGAAAAUAAUUUGAACUCAAUAGGUUCAAACGGGGAGUUAACAUGGACUUUGUCAGCUAGGUGAUCAUCAAUUGUUAGAAAAUGCAAUCUUUUUUUUUUUUUUAGACCUUUCCUAUUGAGAUGGGCAAUAAUAUACUAAACUCACAUAUAUACUAUAUUGAUGCUAGGACUCAA